CAGAUGGCCUCCUGCAAAGCCUCGUACGGCAGCUACUGUUGUGUACCGUGGUGCACAAACGGAAGAACGCGAAAGAAGCCCGGAAACCACUUUUUUCGAAUCCCACGGGACCACAGGUUUGCUGCGUUAAGAGUUAUCAGCUCUCAAAUGUCGACGGAAUGGGUGACAUACACCCGAAGGGCUGACCUUAUGGAAAAGCCAGUCAAUCUAUUGUACACAGCAUACAAGAUUUGCAGUGACCAUUUUACUGCGCAAGACUUCAUGGACCCAGGGCACACACGGCUCACUAAAAUGGCCGUGCCAACAGUUAACUCAGGUGCGCAAUGGAACAGUUGCAGCACUAGCGCUAUCUUAAUGCACCUUCGCCGUGGUUAACGUAUGUGACAAUGUCUUCAUAAAAUAGUUAGCAAUAGCAGUUUUUGUAGCAUUAAUUGCAGCAUAAACCAGCAUCACGUGGACAUUUAUUUCUAUUUAAAUAUUUUAUAUUC